AUGUACGUCCCACUAAGUUGGAUUGACAGAAAUAGGUAUCGCCCGCGAUCAGCUGUAGGAAUCGAAGGUGGAAACACCCCGUUAUCCAAGCCACUACAGAGAAGUGUGUCAUCCAACUCGAUAGACCGUCUUUCAAAGCCUUUCAAAUGUCCUGGCUCUGCCACCCCUACCCGGACUUCAGAUAAGCCUGCGAGAAAACGAAGAAGAGUCAACUAUGCGGGAGCAGAUGGAGAGGUAGAGGACAACAGCGUCAAGCUUUGGACCAACGAAGAACGGCUUGCUCUUGCGACAAGAGAUGCGAAUAAAUUCCCCGUUUUCAAGGUCAAGGAUAAGGAAACGACGUUUAAGCAAAGAUUUCAGAUCCCUUUGAUUAACAAGUCGUCUGAUGCGUAUAAUUCUUCGAGACCAGCUCCCACGUUGGGAAUGAGGCAAGGUGCCACUUUUGUCGUGAAACCACUACAUGAUCCCAGUGGAGAAUUCGCGAUAGUUCUAUAUGAUCCGACAGUCGACGAUAUUGAUGAGGCUCCGGAAUCGAAGCCCGAAGACAAGGUCACCGAGGAAACUAAAGCCAAGCUGGAUGAGCCGCUGAUGCACAAGAGCCUAGCAGAUAUACUCGGGCUGAAGAAGAAGGUUGAAUCUCGUCCUAAGGUUCCAGUGGUCAUAGAUCCCAGACUGGCGAAAGUUCUAAGGCCGCAUCAAGUGGAAGGUGUAAAGCUUCAAUGCAUUUCCCUGAUGUGGACACUUCUUAAGCAAUCACCGGAAGCAGGAAAGACGACAAUUCAAAAAUGUAUUAUUGCUUGUCCUUCCAGUCUGGUUGGAAAUUGGGCCAACGAACUUGUGAAAUGGCUGGGCAAAGAUGCCAUAACGCCGUUUGCGAUAGACGGCAAAGCCUCAAAGGCGGAGCUCACCUCCCAAAUAAAGCAAUGGGCAAUCGCAUCCGGGCGGGCCGUAGUCAGGCCUGUUCUCAUAGUUUCUUACGAAACGCUUCGAAUGUAUGUUGAUGCAUUAAAAGACAGCCCAAUCGGGCUUCUUUUGUGCGAUGAAGGCCAUCGACUUAAGAACAAAGACAGUUUAACCUGGACUGCUCUGAACAGUCUGAAUGUGACUCGCCGAGUCAUUCUGUCUGGUACCCCCAUUCAGAAUGAUCUCUCAGAGUAUUUCGCUUUACUUCACUUUGCCAACCCAAAUUUGCUGGGCUCGCAAAACGAGUUUCGAAAGAGAUUCGAAAUACCUAUUCUAAAAGGACGAGAUGCCGCAGGCACAGAGGAAGAUCGGAAGAAGGGCGACGAGCGCUUGGCAGAGCUGUCCGGUAUUGUGAACAAAUUCAUCAUUCGCCGGACGAACGACAUUUUGUCGAAGUAUCUGCCGGUCAAAUACGAGCAUGUUGUCUUCUGCAACCUCUCCCAAUUCCAGCUGGAUCUCUACAACCAUUUCAUUCAGAGCCCCGAGAUCAAGAGCUUACUUCGGGGAAAAGGAAGUCAACCACUCAAGGCCAUUGGACUAUUGAAAAAGCUAUGUAACCAUCCGGAUUUACUUGAUCUCUCUAAAGACCUUCCAGGUUGCGAACAUACAUUCCCCGAGGACUAUGUUCCACCUGAAGCUAGAGGGCGAGACAGAGAUAUCAAAUCUUGGUACUCAGGAAAGAUGAUGGUUCUUGAUCGUAUGCUGGCUCGUAUCCGUCAGGAUACCAAUGACAAGAUUGUCCUCAUCAGCAAUUAUACCCAAACUCUCGACCUGUUCGAGAAACUCUGCCGAUCGAGAGGCUAUGGCUCGUUGAGGCUGGACGGUACUAUGAACAUCAACAAACGGCAAAAGCUCGUCGACAAAUUCAACAAUCCAGAUGGUGAGGAAUUCGUGUUCCUUCUAAGCAGCAAGGCUGGCGGCUGCGGAUUGAACCUGAUCGGCGCAAACCGCCUUGUGUUGUUCGAUCCAGAUUGGAAUCCCGCUGCAGACCAGCAGGCCUUGGCUCGAGUUUGGCGUGAUGGACAAAAGAAAGAUUGUUUUGUUUAUCGUUUCAUUGCAACUGGGUCGAUCGAGGAAAAGAUCUUCCAACGUCAAUCCCAUAAGCAAUCACUCUCGUCAUGCGUUGUGGAUUCGGCUGAAGACGUUGAGCGACAUUUCUCGUUGGAGUCCCUCCGUGAACUAUUCCAGUUCAAGCCAGAAACGCGAAGUGACACUCAUGACACAUUCAAAUGCAAGCGAUGCAGACCGGAUGGAACGCAGUACAUCAAGGCUCCAGCCAUGUUGUACGGUGACACCAGUUCCUGGAAUCAUUUUGUGAAUGAUGGUGAGAAGGGCCAGCUCAGUAAGAUCCAAGAUCUACUGAUACGCCAGGAAACUGGUGAAAAAGAUGUGUCAGCCGUCUUCCAAUAUAUUAGUCAUUAA